AUGUCACAACGCGCUGGGCUGACGGCCGAGGCUGUGGCGGCGUCUGCGGCGGCGACGACAGACAACACAGCAGCCAUUCUGCGUGCGGCGGCCAAGCGGAUGGGUGGCGCGAGUGCGGCGGCCGAGUACCACCCAGAGCGGAUGGCUCAGCUCGAAGACAUCUUUGUGUUUGAGGCUCGGAUGAGCGAGCAUCUGCGCCAUCUGCGGAGUCUCCGUGCCCGGUAUCUGACCAUCUUGGGCCUCCUCGUCGCUGCAAACAUCUACGCCGCGCUUUAUGUCUGCUCGGAGCCGCCGCCAGCCGCUUGGCUCUCGCUGCCGUGGCUCGUCCACUCGCUGCCGCUCCUGGUGGCUCUGGCGGCUCUCGGCGCGUACAUUGCCACGGGCCUGCAUCACACGCUUCUCCUCGGCCCGUCUGACUUCACCGAUCGCAUCAACCGCGUGCUGCACACCUACUUUCUGCGGUUUACACCCGACACUGGCGAGCUUCGCCACCUCAACGCGGUGCCGGCCCAUCCGGCGCCGCUGCACACCCUUGACCGGUGA